AUGAGUGUCGAUCUUCAGCCGCGCUGCUCUCUUCAGGAGACUAUAAGCGCCGGGCAAUUCUACGCUGUGGACGAGUCUACCAUCCUCCAUCAGAUCAAAGACGCCUUUGAACCAGAGUUCGAACGACUGAAGGCGGCAAAGGCUGUCGAGGGGACAGAACAGCAACGCGCAGCCGCCACCGGACAUGGGAACGACCCAAGCCCCUCGCAAAUUCUCUACGGGUGUAAUUACGAUGAGGUCAACCGGACACUAGUCGGGAUCCUUGCGCUUCGGUGGAUUCACAAUCGCGACUACGAGCGCUUUAUACGGCCUCAGCCUCCAGAAACCCGGCUCUCCAAGGAAUCGUUCGAAUGGCUCUAUCAGCUCUUUGCCACCGGCAUCAGAGACCUAGAUGACCUCUUCGCGCUGGUUUUGUCCAUGGUCAUUAACGACUUGGGAAAAGACCCAAACUUGGAGGAAGACUACUACUUCCAUACUCACAAUCGCUUACCGGACCAGAAUCACGACUCGCUCCUGCUAGAGUCAGCAAACGCCGGCAUGGUCCCCGCCCUGGAUUACCUGAAUCCGGAAAAGAGACAGGAGAUAAUGCUCGGCCUGGAGCUCGGAUCUGAAUUGAACGCCGGCCAAUUGGCCCAAGCUGAGAGCAUGCCCGUUAACCUCGAAGGACUACUUAACAUGCGUGGCAAAGAACACGCAUUCGAACUCAAAUUCAUGGAGCAGAUCCUUGAUGUUGCCGGCGCACUAGGCCAUCUCGACUGGAGCGGGUCGAAGAAUUUCAUCGAGCCCGUCUUCCAGGCCUUCAAAACCGUCCACGAGGUCUCCCUCGACAUCAUAGCGGGGAACUCCAACCCGAGGCAAGGCUAUGACAAGGUCCUCACGAAGCGGGGCAACAUGCUUUCCAUCAAGGGGUUUCGCAGGCUGAGUGUAAGCGACCGAGAAGAACGGGCCUUGCUCAGACUGCUCACCAUGGGCCGCACGGCGGACAAAGAGCAGGCCGAGCUUUUCCAAGAAGCAUUCCACGCGUUAGAUGAUCACAACAAGGAACAGCUCGUCACAGGAUUGAACGUGGAUGGGAACGUCAACGAAACAGCCGUUCUACCUUAUUACAUGCCAGCCAUAAUAUCCACGACGUUAGAAACCACGAGAGAGUCGGACAGACAGACAAAAUGCCGAGCACUGACCUCAUUGAUGAGGUACUUGGCCAAAGUUCUCGGGAGUGCUGCGAACGAUCUGACUGGGUACCCUGAAGGCACUGUAUUCAGUGGCGAGGUGCCAGGAAUCAUCAUCGAGAGGAACAUGUCAAAGGCGCAAGAUGUGAUCAACAGCCCGGAGUUCAAGACGAAUCCUGAUCUCCUAGACGGGCUGCCCAUACCGGACGGACAGAUCCUCCAGCGACGAAGGACCAGCCAGUCUUGGUGA